AUGGAAUCAGACCUGCGUUCAGAAGAAGCCUUUGACCACCACGUCUUGGAGGAUGUGCCUCAUGGUACCCAGUCUGAACACAAUGUUCCCCUGUUCACACGAGAGCCACCUCCAGACCACACCCGCAAGCAGAGGAGACCAAGGUUUGGUAGGCGCGGAGGCGGCGGGGAACGGGUGCGUGUCGAGAGAGGAUGCGGCCUCCCACGGGAUGCUUCAGACCGUGUCCGCGUGCCCCGGGUUCGGGGCGGGGAGGGGGGAACGGGCAGAGAGCCGCGUCCGGGAGGGCGGGCUGGCACCCGCGGAAGCGCAGGCGCGGGCGCGCUCCGGGCCAGGGGCGGGGCGGGGCCCGGUGGGCGGGACCGGCCCGGGUGGGCGGGGCGACCCUUCUGCGCAGCUGCCAGAGCCUUUAAACCCCCGCUCGCACGGUCGCAGCGUGCUGUCGCCGCCCGGGAGCUGACCGGCCCUCUGCUUCUCGAUUUCCCCCCCACUUUCUGCUCCCCGCGUCCCCGCCCUCGGCGCCUCGCGACCCCGGCUCGCCUCCUCCACUCGGCGCCGCGAUCCCGGGCCAUGCCCCGCUACGAGUUGGCUUUGAUUUUGAAAGCCAUGCGGCGGCCAGAGACAGCUGCUGCUUUGAAACGUACACUAGAAUCCCUGAUGGACCGCGGAGCCAUCGUGAGGAACCUGGAAAACCUUGGUGAGCGAGUACUUCCGUACAAGAUCUCCAGCCAUGGCCAGCAGCACAGCAGAGGCGGGUAUUUCUUGGUGGAUUUUUAUGCCCCAACAAGUGCUGUGGAAAGCAUAUUGGAUCACUUGGCUCGAGACAUUGAUGUGGUUAGACCAAAUGUUGUGAAACAUCCUCUGACCCAGGAAGUAAAAGAAUGUGGUGGCAUAGUCCCAGUCCCACUUGAAGAAAAACUGUAUUCAACGAAGAGGAGGAAGAAGUAAGAAGAUUUUCCGGAUUUCAGUGUUACAUCGAAUCCUAAGUGCACAUCGGAUGCUGAUAGGUUGUUUUCUAGGAUGCCCAUGCCCAUGCCCCUUCUGCUGCAGGAGGUGGGACCUGCUCGCUGAGACCUGCCCUGUCAUCUCCGGUGCCUACAGACCAAUCUUGGUUUCAUUAGCAUUGUGCAAUUGUCAGUAAGGGUAUCCACCUUACCACUGCAGCCUUUGGAGAGAAAAUUGUUUGUUAUUCAUACUUGGGUGUCUUGCAAAACUAAAUGGAAAACAGAGAGCAGAGUAAUAAACAUGACUUUACCAAUCUGA